GCCAUGGACUCGGCGGUGCUGUCGCUCACCUGCGCCGGCCUGGGUGGCGCCGAGGAGGACGACGACGGCGCCGUCGUUGGCUACGCCAAGGGCGAGCACUGCCUCGAUAAUCUCAAGGAUCUGCAGAGAUUCCUGCGGCGGGACGACCCGCAGCGCCGGGAGGUUUUCAAGCAGGUUUGCAAGUGGAAGAUCGCAUCUAGGGAUCUGGUUCCCAUCAUCGAGAAUUUUCAGUCUGAUCGCAAUCUGGUGAUCACGGCAGUGAAAGUGCUGGUGUUCCUUACAAUGCCUGUCGAGCCAUCAUCAGAGGGUGUUGCACAACAAAUAGAAUAUCUUUGGGAUCUGAAGGCAGCACUAACGCGCAAUGUUGCUAUGGCUGUCAUCGUGUCUCUUCUUGAAGAUCCACUGGAUCGUCUAGAAAGAGCUUCAUUCACAGAAGAUGACUGGAAGCUAGUCCAGUUGGUGCUUACUUUGUUCCGGAAUGUCUUGGCUAUUCAAGAAAUCACAUUGGCUCAGAAGGCAUCUGGAGAAGCUACUCAGUUGCUCUGUCUAGCUGACAGCUUUUUAGAGCUCAUGUUUCAAGAGAAUGUGAUGGACCUAAUCUUAGUGCUGACUCAGCAUAUUGAUGAGCCAUCUGGUUAUCUCAAGCAGGAAAACCUUCUCCUGUUGGAAAUCUUUCAUUACCUUUUCUUAGGGCGGGAUCCAGAAUUGAUUGCCAGAGCUUCUACUGAAGUUUCAAAGGAACAUGUUGAAGGAAAUAUCGAUACAUCAGUACAUUCGUUGAGAUUAAUGAUGGAGGAUGAAGAGAGGAAAAAGAGGAUGUUCAGGCAACGAAAUUCAGAGCAUCACUCAAUCAGUGGAAUUUUUACAUGCACGGCAGUGGAUGGAUCUAAAUCCGUGUGCAAAGGGAACCCCAACUCUGCAUCCGCAAAUAGCCUAAGGAAAAUACGUAAUGUCCAAAGAGGGCCCCAGAAAAGGAUAGCCUGGGACAAUGAGCUUCUCUACACACCAAGAGAGGGUACUAUGGAGAUGCUAAGGAAUUUCCUCGAUCAAUUUUUAUCUGGAGGAUACAAUGUCCUCAUGCAGUCUGUCUGUGAUGAUAUCAUAAAGGAGCAUCAUUCUGUCCAGAAAUCUGACAUCACUACAUUCUUCAAAGUUGCUCGCUUUGCCUUAGCUUUUCAACAUGAGAAGGCAUCACAUGCACAGAAAUCUAAUGUUGGGGUCCAACUGCCUGAGGCUUCUCCUAGCAAUCACCUUGAUGAUAAUCUACCAUUUCAUGGCGACAUAUGUGGACCUGUUGCAGCCACAUUGAACGAAGAUAUGUUUAACUUAGUUAUUUCCAGGUGGCGUGAGACCUAUGAUGGCCUUAAGGAAACAAAUGAUUACAAGACUCUUUCAGCAGCUGGGUCUCUAAUGAAGAACAUGAUUGACAUGGUAUAUUUGGUGCUUAAAGUACUUCCUGACGAUUCAAGAGAGUCUCAAACAGCUCGUGUUUUACUGUAUAAGCUGUUUUAUGAUCAGACAGAACAAGGGCUCACUCAUUUUAUGCUGAACUUAUUCAGAUCAUUUGAUACUCAUAAGCAACCAAAAAGUGAUCUUGCGGAUUUACUAGGAACAAUCCAUAUCAUGCUACAGCUCAUGGAGAAGCUUCAAGCACGUGGUGCAUUAAGGGUUGCAAAAAGGACAAGAAAAGGAAGAAAAAAGAAGGUUUCAAAGAACAAAAGUGAGAAUACAAAUCCCAGGGCAGAGAGUAUGGAACAGAGCAAAAGUGUGAGUACAGAUCCCAGUGCAGAGAAUAUGGAACAUAGCAGAAGUGAGAAUACAAAUCCCAGUGAAGACAAUAUGGAACAGAGCAAAAGUGAGAAUACAAAUCCCAGUGCAGAGAAUAUGCAACAGAGCAAUGUUGAUUCAGCAGAUGGGAUUAAAUGUCCACUUGAAUCACUUUCAGAUUUGAGAAGUGUGGAUACUGAAGCAGAGCCUCCUCUUAUAGAGCAAGGAAAAGUUGUCUCCAACAGCAUGGUUGUACCAGAUGAACUGGCUGGCACAUCAGUUAAGCUGGAUAGCACCUCACGUGGUGACGAUGAGCCAUCUUGUGCAGACAAUGGUGAAAUGAAAGGAAAUCUCAUUGAUGAAGAGGAUGGGACUUCGGAUUCUUCACUUGAUGAUCAACCCCCUGCUACUAGUGAAGUUGAUUUCAAUGUAUCCCGACUAAUAUCUAGUCUUGCAAACAAUUCUGUUGUCCAAAAUGUAUGUUGGUUGUUGAAGCAUUACAAGAGUAACUCUUUUCGAACAAAUCACUACAUAAUAUGCAUGCUGCGGAGAUUUUGUGAAGACCUGGAAUUGUCACCAAUGCUCUAUCAGCUGUCCCUUCUGACUACCUUCUAUGAUAUAUUAGCUGACCAGAGAUCAUCAGCUUCAAAGGAGUACACAAACAUUGUAAAUUUUCUCUCUAAAGUUGUAAGGAAGAUGCUGAGGGUAAUGAAAAAACAGCCAUUGCUAUUUAUCGAUGUACUUUUUUGGAAAACACGCAAGGAGUGCCAUUGCAUUGAUGCCGAUGCUCUUCUGAGUGAUAUUGCAAAAGAUACUAGAAACAAGGGUGGCGAAAUUGGUACAAAUAACGGAUGGAGAGGGCCAAUAAACAUAGCAGAUUCUCUUGGUGAUGAUGAAGUGGAUUUUGUUAUACCACAAGAACCAUAUAAUGCUGAUAAGGAUGAAGAUUCACCGUCUGGCGAACAUGAAGAUGUUCUCAAGAGGAGCAUGGGUGCCACAAAUAAAAGUAAAAGGAUAUUGUCAUUUUCAGACAGUGAAGCUGACGAUAAUGAUAGGAACACUGUAUCAAGAGGUUCUCAGAAUUCAGUAGCUCCCAAAAGGCGAGGCCGUUCCAUUUUUAGUGAAGAGCAAGAGAGGCUUAUGAGAGAUCUUUAUGAAAAAUACAAAGAUGAUCGUAAAUGUACUCAUCUCAUUGCUGAAGCUUUAGACCCCAGUGGAAAGAUAUCUUCUGCUCAAGUUUCUCGAAAGCUCACACAGCUAGGCCUGAGGAAUGUCACAAAGAGGAGGACAAAAAUUCCAGAGGCACCUCUUUCAGAUCAAGAAUUGGCUACACAGAUGGACCAUAUGCUAGGUGAAGACAACUAUGAUCCCAAGCCAGAAAGCACCCGGCGCAGAAGGAAAAGGCAGAAUGCGCCGCGUGAUAGUUAUGAGGACAACACUAGUGAUGGAAAAUCAUCUGACAAAGAAACAUUACAAGCAAUUAAAAGCAGAACGAAAAAUAAGAAGGUAUCACUAGUGGGUUUUUCACCUAGUACAUCACAGCAUCAAGAUGGUUCGCAUGACCCAGAUUCUGAUGAUGAGACCAUAGGAUCUAUGCUCAGAAGUGGAAAAAAGACGAGGCUGUUGACGUCUGACUAUACAAUGAAUAUAAAGAAUCAUCAGGAAUCACCAGACAGCACAAAUACCAGUAAUUAUUCACCACAAAUAUCUCAACAACAAGAACCUUUGCAAGAUACUUAUUCUGGCGAUGAGAUCACAGGUUCGGUGCAUAGAAGUGUGAAAAGGAAGAGGUUAUUGAAGUCAGAUUUCAUAGCAAAUACACAAGAACAUCAAGAGCCUUUGAACAACAUAGAUCAAGAUGAUGAGACUAUCAGUUCCAAGGAUAAUCUACACCAUGGGUUAAAUUCAUUUAAUAACAGUGGCGGUGCUGGUGAAAUUGACCCUUUGGAUGACUUCAUUGAACCUGAGCUAGAUAAUGGUGGAAACACUGAGCAAAGGGUCAUCGAUGACAUAAAUAUCACCGAAUCUGGGGACAUGGCAAGCUCUUUUGCUGGCCAACAGUCUGGUUCGAAAAGAAGACACCGAAUGGUGAUUGACGACGAUGACGAUGAUUAGUUGCCCCGAUUUGUAUAUAAGUUGAAAAAGGGCUAGAUCUAGAAGAAUGGUCUGCUACAGCUCUACACAUUUUGUUGCCGUGCUCCCUAGCUCCAAGCAAGGUUCUAGACAAAAUCAAAUGGAACUAUCAGAUGCAGCUUCAGGUUGUUCUGGAGCUGCCAGCGGUUUAACCUCUUCAGGAUUGGUGGUAUUACGUGGAUAUUGUCAGUUAUCGCAAUAGCAGAUGUACAGUCGUAUGAUGGACUGACGAUUGUGGAAACAAUGUUCUUAUUUAGCAUUCGUAUUUAUUGAAGAAUCCGACGGUUGCGUUGAAGUAACUAGUGCCUAGCUUAAUCUAACUGGUCAGUUAAAUUUUGAAUCAUCGGGGAUACACAACCUGUGGUUUUCUACUUUUCUGUCUUGUUUCAGUAAAUCGAAGCACGUGUUAUGAGGUAUAAUGUUUUACUUCAUAAGACUUUUGAUCAAUA